CCUCAUAUUCACUCUUAAAUGCACACGUAUUAACAAUACUACGUCGGCAGCUAAUGUAAAAUAAAAUAAAAUUAAAUUAAAAAUCUGACUCUUUUUUCUCUCUCUCUUUUUCCUCCGUCAUCAUCCAUGGCUGUUAGCUUCGCUUGUCAUGGCUCGCGAGGCGGCUCACCACAGACAACGAUCCCGAUGACCAUGGACUAAUGACACUGACAACGGUCGUGGGCGAGUGCCGCUCAAAAAUGCCUGAACUCGAACGCGUUCGGCCAUGGACGAACAAUGCCGACGACGCCUGAACGUGUUUGAACAUGGACAAGCGAUGCCGAUGGCGGCCAUGGACGAACGAACGAUGAGAUGCACGAACGCAUUCGGCCAUGGAUGGCGGCCAUAUAUAGACAUCUGGAGAGCGACGCCAUGCAUGGCUAGAUAUGGAGAUCUGGAGAGCGACAACAACGAAGUCGCUGUUCCAGAUCUGGGAGGCUGGAGACACGACGCCGCUGGUGGCGACAACGUGGGGAGCCGCUACAACUCCAACCAAGCAAAGAACUUCCAUGGCUCAACAGAAAUCUGGUCAAUAUCAUGCUAAAUCAAUGAAUUUGAGAAUGAAAAUAUGGAUUAAUUUUGUAUACUUGACAAGUACCUCCGGAGCACUUCAUUGCAACAUCCUUACCAAAAUUAAGCUCGACCACGAUUGUGCAUGGCCCAAGCUAAACUCCUUUCUUUUAGGGCCAGGGGCUGUUCUAGUCCAACAGGAGAAACUUGUAUAUGUUUCAUUAAGAAGUGGUUAAAAAUGUGAGCCCAUUACAUAGGAGCUGUUGAAUGAUAGAUGUGAGCCGGCAUAAGUGCACACCUGUGCUCAUCUUUCUGACAAGUUAGAAAAAGUCAAUGGCUCGAUCCAAAUUUCAUGGACAAACAAAAAGACUCGAGACAAAACCAUAUGUUCACGUGCAUGCAAAGUCCCAAGUCCUUAACGUAAGAGCCUUCAGAAGCAUGAUCCCCAUGUCUGCAACACAAAAGAAACCAUUUAAACUCGUUAAUGGUGUUCAAUCAUUAAACGUAUAAGUCUCUGUUUCCUCAUUUCCUCUCUGGGGGGUGGUCAUGGAUCUAUUCACGGGCGAGCUAAACGGCAGGCUAAGAGUUUCGGUAGCAGAUUCAACUAUGAUGUGGAUUGUGCACGAGGCGAUGCACAAGGCCCACGAGAAGGUCAAGUCGAAGGGUGUGAUCUCACGCCUCAACGAGAUAUCCAAGUUCUACGAACUGGCCGUGAUUCAACUGGAAGGGUGUUUGAGGUUUGUCCAAGAAGAGGCAGAUUCUGGCGUUCUCGAGACCCCCCACCAGGAUCUGCUCACCGAUUUAGCCGAAAUCAGGAACCAUCUCCAGGGCCGCCUGGUGGAGUCGGAGAUGGCGAUCUUGGAGAAGGACUCGGAGUUGGCCGAGAGAUUGGAGAGCGAGACCAGACUCAGACAAGCACUGGACAUGAAGGAGAUCGAAUUGGCUUCUUUGAGGAGUGAAGAGGAGCUUCAAAGAGGAUCGAGGGUUGAGGGUGUUGAGGACUCGAGUCCAAGCAAUGUUUGGGUUAGUGGUGGAGAGGAGAGCAGAGGAGGUGAGUUUUGCGAGCUGAAGAUUUCGGUGGAUCAACAAGUGUGGAACAUCAAGCAGAAACUCGAUCCUGAUUACAAUAAUCAAGUGGUUGAUGAAGCAAAAGAACACAGGAGUUCUAGUAACACGAUGAUAGAGCGAAUGGGCUCCGACAUCGACACCCUGAAAGAGACUCUGGAUCUCGCUUUUGGGAAGAUGCAGAGCGCCAUAUCCUCCUCGGAGAUGGGACCAACGGAGCAAGAAUGGAGGUGGGGCAUCGAGAAGGAUAUCAACAUCGUGUCGAUAAAAGAAUUCAUUAGGGGUAUUCAGGAGCAUUGCGAGUUGGUGGACUCGGGAAGGGUCGCGAAGCGAGCCCCAAGUACGGUGUUUGGAGAGGAUUGGUCGGGUCUUAUGCACGAAAUCGCACUGCUACGCUAUGAACUCGAGUCUUUGAUCAGCCAAAGUGAUGUCAAUUUUGUUGGGGAGGUAAGAGGCGGCGAGACAUUAUUUACCAAGACAAAGUCCGAAAGCAGCAGCCCAAAAGAAGCGACGGAAUUCCUAGGCAAUGCUUCAUCAAAGAUCGGAAAUGAAGACCGUGAGAGGAAGCAGCGACAAGGAUAUGAUGGAGAAGACGAGGAGAGCCACCUAGUCGCGCGGAUGAUAAAGAGUCACGAGUCGAUUAUUCAACAAAAGAACGAGGAGCUGAAUUGGCUCAAGAGCGACAUUCUGAGAAAGGGGUGUUCUUCUAAUAGGAAAGAGAAGGAUCCUAGCGGAUCGAAAAGAAGGAUCGAAGAAGUUAUCUGGAGGUUGGAUGAAAUCCUGAAGCGAAAUGCGAAGCUAAGCAAAAGAAUUAGCGAUUAUCGUGCAGGUGCUUGCGAGGAGGAAAAUUACCAAGAAACUAUGUCUGACAAAGUGGAGGCACAUGCGGAUAGUUGGGGAAUUGGUGCUCGUGCAGGAUUUAUAAAACAAUGGGACAGAACUCGAGUUCCAUGUGAAGUAGAUACGAUGACAAGCGAUGAAAUGAGAAGGCUCAGAGAAGAAAAGGAGCUGAUAGAUUUGCAAAGCGUUUUAGUGGAUGAGAUCUACAUCACACUGCUGAAGAGUAUGAAAAAUGAAUGCCAUGCCGAGUUAUUUGAUUAUGAAUUAGAUUUUCUGAUAAGGCAAGGCAUACUCAGCAAUCUAGUGAGGGACGUGACCGUCGAGCAGAGCGAAGAAAUAGCUAGGAACAAGAUUGAGUCCUGGAUCAGGGAAGAGUUGUAUUCUACAAUUCUCCUUGAAUCGACGAAAUAUCGGAGAUGUGCUUAUUGCUCAAAGUUAAAACUUUAUGAUGAUCAGGAUGUCGGAGACAAGGUUAUGUUCACUGGAAAUCCUGCUACUCCCAUUUCACGGGAUUAUUGUUUGCAAGACCAGAUGAAUGAUGCCGUGCAUGCAGUUGUCCUACGCGAAAUCCUAAAGGAACGGAAUAACGCUGUUGAAGAUUCUAUAAAUGAGAUCCUUGUCACAGAAGAGAUUGGUCAUAUCGUCUCCAGCGAGGUAAUUAAAGAUAUGUUUGAAGGUGCUAAUUUCGGAUCGACUCAACACGGAGAGUUAAAUUGUAUAGAAGAUGUAUUAUAUGAAACUGCUGAUCAAAGCGCUGUAUAUUCCAGUUUAGAAUGCACAUUGAAGGAAGAUGUCUACACGGUUUUCCUAAGAGAGACCACCAAGGAAUGGAGAGAAAAGAUAGAUGCUUGUGACAUUGAGAGAAGUAUUUCUCAAAAAGAGAUGCAUCAGUUUGUCGUCGGUGAGUCUUUGAGACACGCUUGUGAUCGCCCCAGACAAGCUGAAUUGCAGAAAAGAGUUACUGUUGUAAGCCUGGAGGGUUUGGACAAAGAUGAGGAAUUCACAACCACUACGAGUUCUCAUUUCGAGAAACAAAAUGAAACCAAUAUUCCCCAAGAGUUGUCAAUCAAUGAGGAAAAUGGUUUUGCUUCUGAGAGGGGUCAAAGAGUAUUAGAUGACUCUGAAUUUCGUUGUCGAGCAGCAGGCAGGGGCAUUCAGAAGGCUCAGGUUCAGGAGACUUUAAACAUGGGCAUCGUCGAUGAUCGAAAACCUUCCAUGGUGGAACCAAAAGAAAUCGGUUCAAUGCGAUUCGUUCCCUCACAUUUGGUAUCUCAACCUCUCCGGGAAUUUUCCGAAGCAAUAUUGGAUUUGCAGCGAACAUUACAUGAUCGUCUAGGGAAGAAUAUCAAGAGGCUAAACGACGUGAAGAGCCAAUUACAUGCCUCAUUUGAGCUAGUUGACUCGCUCAGGAGAAGAGAAAUACUUUACAGAAAAGCCUUCAUCAGGAGAUGCCAGAAUCUUCAGAAGGCUGAGACUGAGGUGGAUUUACUGGGCGAUCAGGUGGACGCGCUUCUUGAAUUGCUCGAGAUGAUAUACGCAAAACUUCGCCAAUCCCCUGUUUUCCAGAAGCAUUUGGAGAUCUCUGAAAUUCUGGGGAUGAUCAAGAAAGAAUUGAUCAACCGGAACGACCGAAGCACCUAAAAGUUGCUCAAGGAGUCAAAGAUAUCCAGGUCUCCGGAGUUUACAGACAACAUGAAAACUUCAUGAUCGCUAUUUUCUUGAUCAUCCUUGAAAAUGGCAAUGGAUAAAUCGAUUUUUAAGGUAGUUCUGACAAUUCACGUCGGUGUCUAUCGACUCUGUUUUCGUUCGUGUUCAUUCAUGUUAACGUAAAAAAUUGCGACUUUUAUCUAACAAGACAGAUAACUGAAUUACAAUGACGACGGUGUGGGGACGCCUUUCGG